AUGCUCCUCCCUGCAUCACUCACCACAGUCAGACUCGCAAGAUCCGGCACCCGGGCACGCUCAUGGCGUCUAUUCUCCGCCUCCUGCCCCAGCCGUAAAGAAGAACCAUUCCGUAUCUUGUUCUGCGGCUCGGACGACUUUUCCGUCGCUUCCCUCGAAGCUGUCCACAACGCUAAAGGCAAUAUAGAUGUCGUCGUGCCCGCGGAGAGGCAAGUCGGAAGGGGCGGACGACAUGCGCAGCACCAUACCUACACCCCGGCACUACGCCAAUAUGCCGAAAAACACAAUCUACCCCUCUCCACCGUCCCUUCCACAGGCCUCAAAUCAUGGUCCCCUCCAUCCCACUUUCUCCCCUCUCCCUCCUCCUCUACCCCAGACCCGGAGAAGACCAACGUCCUCCUAACAGCCUCCUUCGGGCACAUCAUCCCCGCCCCCUUACUCGCCCUCUUCGCCCCAACGCACCGCUUGAACGUGCACCCUUCGCUCCUCCCGCGCUGGCGUGGAGCAGCGCCGGUGCAGUGGACUAUUGCUGCGGGGGAUGAGAAGACGGGGGUGAGCGUACAGGGAUUGGUCAAGUAUAGCCUCGGGGUGGACGCGGGGGAUAUCGUAGGACGCGUCUACGGCGUUCCAGUCCCAGAAAACGCGACAUACAACUCCCUCCUACCCCAUCUCGCGCUUAUAGGCGGUGAUCUCCUAGUCGACGUCCUCCGUCAACUCAAAGCUGGUACUGCAUCAUUCACCCCCCAAAACCCCACCCACACAACCCAAGCCCCCAAAAUCACCGCCCCCACCGCCCAACUGCAUUUCCCCACCCAAACGGCUGUGGCGAUUGAUAGGCUGCAUAGAGGCGUUGGGGGGCAGGUUCCGCUCUGGACGACGGUGGGGGGUAGGACUGUGCAGCUGUUAUCUUUGUCUGUUGCCCCUGCCCCUGCCCCUGCCCCUGCGACUGUGGGUCCGCAAGACCUGUCUCCGUCGUCCUGUCCUCCUGGCCCUGGCCCUGGGCCUGGGCCUAGACCUGUAGACCCCGACCCCGGGGUAGCCGUCCUCCACACCGAAAAGGGAAAGGCAAAGAAAGACCGCAAGCUCUUCAUAGCGUGCAAAGACGCAACAUGGCUCCAAGUCUACUCGCUCAGGACGGCGGGGAAGAAGGCGUUGAGCGCUGGGGAGUGGUGGAAUGGGUUGCCGAGGGAUGUGAGGGAGGGGGGCGUUUUGAGGUUUGGGUGA